UUAGACAAAUCCUGUAGAUUUGGUCUUACACCCGUCAGGUUGUUUCCGUUACCGUUGAUAAGUCGUAGCCUUUUGUGAACCAUAUUUCAUAAUACACAAAUAACCUAUCUUAGAUAACAGCUCAGGACUGUUUGAUGGCUAGUAUGAAUGGAGAUGUGAGGAACGGUCUACAUGCCAGCUCCGGCAGCGACAGCAGCAGCUUUAUCAUAGGCGUUGCUGGCGGCACAGCCUCUGGGAAGACAACUGUUUGCAAAUGCAUCAUUGAGAGCUUAACUGAUAAAAGUAUGAACAACCGAGUAAUUAUUCUUAGUCAAGAUAGUUUCUACAAGCCUCUGACCCCUACUCAGAUUCUGUUGGCUGAGUCCGGGCAGUACGAUUUUGACCACCCAGACGCUUUUGACACCGAACUCAUGUUAGAGAAAAUUCAGCAAAUUCGAAAUGGUGAGACUGUUGAAAUCCCUAUCUACGACUUCGUCCUUCACCGCCGAUCAGACGAAACGUAUCAAGUUUUCCCUACGGACAUAAUUUUAAUCGAAGGCAUUUUAGUUUUGUACAUCAAAGAAUUGAGAUCUUUGUUCGAUAUUAAACUAUUUGUUGACACUGACUCAGAUACGAGGCUCUCCCGCCGAGUACAGCGUGAUAUCGAAUCUAGAGGUCGUAAACUGGAGACCGUUCUCACUCAGUACACCACAUUUGUGAAACCAGCAUUUGAGGAAUUCUGUCUCCCAACCAAGAAGUAUGCUGACGUCAUAAUCCCUCGUGGAGGUGAAAACAAAGUAGCAAUUGGAUUGAUCGUUCAACACAUCACAGACUUACUGAACCAUGUUCCUAUGAUAAAUACUGGUCGAAGGAGAAAGCGAUCUUCUAGGAAGCUAAGCAACACUCUUCACUAAAUUUUUUUUAAAACCGCUCGCGCUUGUUUAUACCGGUAUAAUUUUUCCUUUUGAUUAACUUAUUCUUAUUUGAGUUGAUGAGAUAACAGCUUUUCGUAUUUGAUUUUAUAAAGAAUAUUUGAUUUUGAGCCGUUUUCCGAUUUAAAGAUAAUUUUCAGAUUUUUAUAUUAUAUUUGUAUUCGUACAACUUUGU